AUGGCUUCUCCGGCUGCCUGGAAAGGUGCGCCGUCCACGGCGUCUGCCUCGGCGGCACAAACAGCAACACCAUCUACAGUCGCUAGAGCUCCCGUUUCGGGUUCCACGCCGAUGAUGAUGCCACUUUCACUGACGACUCUCGCCUCGCAGUCGCUCGAUACAAAUACGCUCCUGGGCACGCCUCCCCAGCAGCUGCUCAUCGCACAAGGAGCUGAGGGUGCGGCGACGGCGGCCUCUGGCAUGCCGUCCAUGGUGAACCCAAACCAAAUGUACAUCAUGGGUCUUCCUGGUGUAGGGAUGCCUCUUAACUACGUGACGCAGACCUUUGCACCCGCGACCGGUGCCCCCGUCAUGAUGGCUUCUGGGUCCACGCUUGCGUACACCGCCUCUGGCGCGUCGAUGGGCAGCUCAACUUACUCAAUGCUGCCCGGCGGCGGUGGCUUUCGUAACGUGAGUGCGGCGCGCGUGGCGGUCUAUCAAGCUGGGAGCACAUCUGGGGUGUCGCAGCUUCCCGCCUUGGCCACUAUGAGCGAGGACACGCUUGGCUCGUUCUCCUUCUCUUCGACCACGUCGAAGAUGACGCCUCAGUGCUUCCCUGGAGCAGCGCCAUCCUUUAGCGCCACUGGCAGCUGCACUUCAACGGGUGCGGUCCUUGUACAGGCGUCGGCAUCGGCACCGUCGGCGAACUUGCCUCCUCCCCCGCAGUACAGCAGCAUUGUGAAGUCACCAGCGGGCGGUGCUUCCAGGCCCAUCUUCGACUCUCGCCCGACACCUGUGGUGCGCAAGGGCGACGCUGGCAAGGGCUACGAGGCCGGCGCGCACUACGAAGGUCGCGUGAAGCGUUUCAACCCGAUCCGCGGCUACGGCUUCGUGUCUGCCACAUACAAGCUUAUCCCGCUGCUGAAAUACAGGCAAAUGAAGGAGGCGAAGGCACCAGGGUCCAUCAGCACGUUUGAAAAGCAGGGUCAUACUCCAGACGCGAGACCUCGAGACAGCACAGGCAGCAGCGCCGACAAGGAAGGCAAGGUGAGUGAGGACGCUUCUCUCCUUCUCGCAAGUGAUGUGGACGCCGUUGCGGCGCUGCAUGCUGAAAUCAACGGCGACGACCUUGUGUACAUUAAGGGUGUUCCGCACGUCCGCCACCCCGUCACGAUGGGCGACGUCUUUGUCCAUUACAACUGCCUGCGACGUUCGCCGGGCGAGGUGAACAUGGAGGCGAACGGGGGCUUUGUGAACCUGCCGGCCGGGUCGCGGGUGCAGUUCAAGGUCGAGGUGUUUGUCCCGGCGGAGCUGAUGGAGAAGGCCUCGGACGACAAGGAGGCUGCAGCGAUGCUGAACAACUUGGGCGUACCUGUGGAAGAGAACCCAAACCUGCUGAGUGGGGCAAUCGCGACAAAGAAGGGGUGGGGCUAUCAGGCCAUUGACGUUCUUUUGUUGCCGCCGAAGGGCACCCUGCCGGCACAAUUUGCCCCUCAGAACUCAGCGACUGCCACCGAGGACGCUGCCUCGGGAUGUGUUUCCAGCGUCUCUCUGAGCUCUUUUUAG